AUGCCGCCAUCACUAGAGGACCUCGUCUAUUUGACAGGUUCACCUGGAGCCGUCGACACAACGGAAGGCUCCGAGGAAGAUGGGUCCAUCUCAUCAUCCGCAGCACUGGCUGUGCCUGACGAAACACUCCUGGAAGUCGAAGUUGCCGACUAUGACCCCGAAGACAGUGAAGGAGAUUUCGUAAUCACAUCAGAUACUUUUGGCGAGUCAUCGGAGGACACCGAGGAGCAAGAAGGACUUCGCACGAUAGCAAGACCUACAAAGGUCUUCUCAGUAGAUCUCCCACGAUCAACUCUGGUCCAUCCUGCGUUGCAUACCGCCUCUCAACUCCCAGACGCUCCAGAAUUGACCGAAGCCGAGGUGCUGCAAAAGUUUCUUCCCUCGAUGGAUUCUUCCAAUGAGUGGACCGACAUCGUGCUGCACAACUUCUCUAUCUACAUCGACAGCGAGAAGAACGGAAAUGAGAUGCGUUCCUUGCAUUGUCUCUCGACCAAGAAUGGACCCAAUCCCAUGUACUUCAAUGGUGUUCUUGAGCACGGCGAUAUCCGCCACUACGUUCGUAAAGUGCCUUUCCGAGAACUUCCGAUCGGCAACUACGGAGAGACAGGAGAGGACGGGGAAGACGCAUCCUCGAUUAACGGUCAGAUUUGGAUACGGUCAUUGUACAAUGAGAACCGGGAAGUCUAUUACAGGCUCACAACCCCUUCGAUCGAGUAUAAACGCUUUUUCACGCCGUUCCUCUGGGUUGCCGAUCUUGGGAAACAUUUUGUGGACUACUGCGACGCCAUAGCGCAGACGAAACGGCCUGUUUACAUCCGCAACUUCCAGAGCGAAUUUAGCGAAUGGCUCCAUCGACAUCAUGGCGACUCGCUGGCGUUUCAAAGAUGGCGGGCAGCAUUUGGCCGUGACGAUUUCCGAACGGCCGUCGUCGCCAACAUCGAUCAUCUCUGGAAAGAGACAAACAAUAUCAUGUCAGAAUUCCUGGAUCGUCGUUCCAAGUAUCUGCCAAUUUUCCAAGAGAUUCUAUCACUUGAUCGAUUCCAGCAGGAGAUCCUACCGUGCGAGGAUACCAAAGAAAUUCGGCCGACGGUCGUCACGAGGUACAUAUACAACUGCUUCAAGCACAUGCAACUUGGCAAGAUCCUGCAACCAGUGGCCAGUGAACACGAGAAGUCCACAGCUGAGCCUGUCAUUGGCGAACCCUUCCUACAGACCCCAGCCCACAGUCUGACUAGGAAGGAUAUGAUUGACAACAUUCGACUUGGAGAUGUCAUCUCCACCUCCAGAGACGGGUUAGCAACAGGAACCAAAUGGAAAAUAGAGGCCUCCAAACAUUCGGCAUGCGACGAUAAGUGGUAUGGCCUUGUUCAAGGGAUCACAGUCAACAAACGGGGCCUCCGCCUCUUCGAUGUCGCUUGGCUUUACCAUCCAAUUGAUACCCCCUGUCGACACAUGAGAUAUCCCUGGAAGAAGGAGCUCUUCCUUUCAGAUCAUUGUACUUGUGAUGAAGGUCCGAACAGCAAUAUUGAAGAGGACGAGGUGUUCGGGACACACAGUGUUGAAUGGUUUGGAGGACCUACCACAAUCGCCGAGUUCUUCAUCAGACAAAUGUACAUGCAUGGCCAACGUCGCUGGGUCACUCUGAAAAAGAGCGAUCUGGAAUGUUGUCAUCGACGCAAGGAUACUGCAACUGCCGCUGCAAAGUACGCAGCUGGGGACACCGUCCUUGCUCAACUUGGCCACAGUGCGAGACUUGAGCCAGUUGAAGUCGCUAGGCUCUGGACAGAAGAUUUCCAAGACUUUGUCUCGUUGCGCAUCCUUCUCCGGCGAGCCGAAAUAGAGCCGGGCUCCGGUGCCCCGGCAAACGAACUCGUGUACACGGAUGAGUUUGUCACCGCCCAUGUUUCAGCGAUCACGGCCCGGUGUACGUUGAGAACUUUCGACCACGGCAGCAAGAUACCCACCCCAUACGACCGUAAUGGAGUUGGCAAUAUCUUUUACGCGACCAGCAGGCGAGUUUCCGAUGGCGAGACGGUGCGCUAUGAGCGCAUAACUCACAAACCGAGCUCUCUGCGACAAGGCUUUGACCCAGACAAGCCGUGUGCCAAGCUUGCAGCGCUCGAUCUGUUCUGUGGCUGUGGCAAUUUUGGAAGAGGAUUGGAAGAGAGCGGGGUGAUUGAAGUCAAGUGGGCAAACGACAUGUCGCCGAACGCACUUCAUACAUACAUGGCGAACACCAGAUCUCCCGAGGCAGUAUGGCCUUUCCUUGGGUCCGUGGAUAAUCUCCUCCGAUCCGGACUAGAAGGCCUCUUCUCGAAGAGCGUCCCCGCUCCUGGAGAGGUCGCAUUCAUCUCUGGAGGCAGUCCUUGUCCCGGAUUCUCUUUGUUGACGCCCAACAAGCAGACGCCAUUGCAGGCGAAGAACAGGUCGCUGGUGGCGUCGUUUGCUUCCUUUAUCGACUUCUACCGACCAAGGUAUGGCAUUUUGGAGAACGUGCCGACUAUUGUCGAAAAGGGACCAAAAAAGUCAGAAGAUUGCUUCUCGCAGCUGAUCUGUGCCCUCCUCGGCCUGGGCUACCAGGCAGAAAUCAUGCUAGGCAAUGCUUGGUCUCAUGGUGCCCCUCAGAAAAGAUCUCGUGUCUUUCUCCUCUUUGCAGCUCCUGGAGUACGGCUCCCAUCAGUGCCAUCUCCCUCCCAUUCCCAUUACCCUGGAUAUCUCAAGCGGGGCAAGAGGCGUCUUGGCAGACUCAGCAACGAUGAGCCGUACAUUGAGAUCAGAGACCAGGCUACUGCUUUCAGCUUUGUCAGCUCGGAGGAGGCUACUAAAGACCUCCCCGAUAUCCAGGAGGGCAAGCCGGGCAUCUGCGUGCGGUUCCCAGACCAUCGCCUCAGUGUGGGGGUGACAAGGCAGCUUCGUGCACAGAUUCAAAGCAUCCCGACUCAACCCUACGGAAUGGGUUUUGCCAAAGCCUGGUAUGGUCAAAAUGGAAAGGAGUGGACGGAAGGCCAAGGCGUCAUGACUGCUGCCGAGAGGGCAUGCUUUCCACCAAAGGGCGUCAAGAGAGUCUCCCCAGAAUCUCAUGGCUGGACGCGCGUCGACCCAAGAGCCCUGAUGUCGACGGUCACGACGAGCUGUGCCCCUACCGAUGCUCGGGUGGGGCGCUGGUUGCACUGGCGACAGCAACGGCCGCUCACGAUCAUGGAAGUCCGUCGAGCCCAGGGGAUACCAGACGACGAGGUUCUGCUGGGGAGCCCCGCGGACAUGUGGCGCUCUGUGGGCAACAGCGUCGCAAGACAGAUUGCGACGGCCCUGGGCCUGGCAUUUCGCGAGGCCUGGCUAGGUUCACUCUGUGAUGAGCCGCAUGGCGCGGCCGAGGACGCAGGCGUGGGCAGAACGGCGGCAGCAGUCGAUACCGGAGCUGCUUUGGACCUGGAGAUCACCGAGGCGGACUCGGAGACGACCGACAGCGCGACGGAAAAGGGGGACUCGGGCACUGACGAGCCCCCCGCUGCGGCUCGGGGCUCCCUGACGCCGAGCACGAGCACGAGCGGUUCGGAGCGCCGCACGGCUAUGAAACGCCGUUUGGUGCGGAGAUCCGAGAUGUUCGGUUCGCCGCUUGCCAAGCGGUUUCGAGAGAGUCCCGAUGAGUUAGGAGCGGGAGGAGCGGACAGCCGUGAGGAAACGCCUGUUGUCAUGGAGCGUAUCUGGACAGACCUGUGA